AUGGAAGUGGCAGAACACGUAGUUUCCAUUUUCGGGACCUUCGGGUCGCCACGGAUUCUUCAAACUGAUAACGGACGAGAGUUUGCAAACAAACAUCUCGAAGAUACGGUCACCCAAUGGCCAGGAUGCAAAAUUGUACACGGAAAGCCGCGCCAUUUACAAUCGCAAGGCAGCGUCGAGCGGGCAAAUGCAGAUAUAGAGGAUAUCAUAAGCGCCCAUCAAAGAGAGAAUAAAACAAUUGAAUGGGUUAGAUUCUUGCCGCUUCAUCAAUACACGAAGAACAUUAGGUUUCAUUCUGGUAUUAACCGUUCUCCUUAUGCAGCAAUGUUUGGUCAAGAGCCCGAAGACGAUGCAACAAUUGUUAACGAUGAGAUUGCUCCAACAUCCGAAGAUGAUGCACUAGAGCAAACAAUAAACGCCGCAGAGAACAUAUUAGUGGAAGGUAAUUCGACUCGUUACACGGAUCUAAGCUUUACGGAUUCGAUAGAGGAAAAUGUUGAGGAAGUAUCUGCGGUUGGUGAAGCCGAUUUUCAACUUACACUUGGAGCAAUACUUGGCGGACAAAUUGUUGAGGAGCGUGUGGAAAUCGAUCGCCGACACGAUUCGAUUCUAAUGGAAAGACAGGGAGCCCGAUUAUUUUUAUAUUUUGCCCAAUUGAUGUUGGACAAAACGUGGUGCUGCCGAUUCCAAAUGUCGAUCGCCCCAAGAUCGGCCCUCGAAACUUGCUCGGAGUCGUUACAGGCGUUAAUGACGGUUUCUACUCCAUCGGCACACAAGAUGGGAGUCAAGGUCACAGCCAUUGCAUGUGCU